AUUGGAGACUGGACCGUCGCGCGGCAACGCGCGGAGCCGGCGGAAAUGGGGCUGAUGUCCCGCGGCGGGCCUGGGGGCCUCGAGCACCUUCGUCCUCCCGGGCCCGCCAGACGUGGUGCCCAACCCAGUCCCUUCCCUACCACUCGGGGACGCGGCACAGGGACGCAGCCGGGCCCCCCGGCAUGGUGCUCAAGGCCUUCUUCCCCACGUGCUGUGCCUCGGCAGACAGUGGCCUGCUAGUGGGACGAUGGGUCCCGGAGCAGAAUAGUGCUGUGAUCCUGGCUGUGGUGCACUUUCCCUUCAUCCCCAUCCAAGUCAAGAAGCUCCUGGCUCAGGUGCAGAAGGCCAGCCAAGUACAAGUGGCUGUGCUAGGCACCUGGUGCCACCGUCAGCAGGAACCUGAGGAGAGCCUGGGGCAUUUCCUAGAGGGCCUAGGUGCCAUCUUCUCCCAUGAUCCCUGGUUGCAGCUAUGCCGGGAGAGGGGUACCAGGUUCUGGAGCUGCAAGGCCACUUACCAUCAGAUGUCCACCACUCUGGGCACACCCUCUGACGACCAGGUCAUGCUCAUCUUCUACGACCAGCGCAAGCUGCUGCUCUCCUGGCUGCAUCCCCCAGCAGUAUUGCCUGACUGCCAGGAUGGAGAGGCCACAGCCAGCAGUGGAGGCCUAGCUGACAUCUUUGACACAGUGGCGCGCAGUGAGCUGCUCUUCCAAAAUGACCAGUUUGAUGAGGGCCCGGUCCGCCUGAGCCACUGGCAGUCAGAGGGCAUGGAGGCGAGCAUACUUGUGGAGUUGGCGAAGCGGGCUUCGGGGCCUGUCUGCCUGCUGCUGGCUUCUCUGUUGUCCCUGCUCUCAGCAGCUAGUGCUAGCUGGCUGUGGAAGCUGUGGCCCCUUUCUUUCAUCAGAAGCAAGCUCUCCACUUGUGAACAACUCCGGCACCGACUGAAACACCUCUCAUUCAUCUUUAGCACAGAGAAAGCCCAGAGUCCCAUGCAGCUAAUGAGGAAGGCCAACAUGCUGGUUUCUGUGCUGUUGGAUGUGGCCCUUGGCCUGCUGCUGCUCUCUUGGCUCCACAGCAAUAACCAAAUUGGACAGCUGGCCAACGCCCUUGUCCCUGUUGCUGAUCGCGUGGCUGAGGAGCUCCAGCAUCUGCUGCAGUGGCUGAUGGGUGCUCCUGCUGGGCUCAAGAUGAAUCGGGCACUGGAUCAGGUGCUAGGCCGCUUUUUCCUGUACCACAUCCAUCUGUGGAUCAGCUAUAUCCACCUUAUGUCCCCCUUUAUUGAGCACAUCCUGUGGCAUGUGGGCCUCUCAGCCUGCCUAGGACUGACUGUUGCCCUGUCCAUCCUUUCGGACAUCAUCGCCCUCCUUACCUUCCACAUCUACUGCUUCUAUGUCUACGGUGCCAGGCUGUACUGCCUGAAGAUCUAUGGCCUCUCCUCUCUCUGGCGUCUGUUCCGGGGGAAGAAGUGGAACGUUCUGCGCCAGCGGGUGGAUUCCUGUUCCUAUGACCUUGACCAGCUUUUCAUUGGGACCUUGCUCUUCACCAUCCUGGUCUUCUUGCUGCCUACCACUGCUCUGUACUACCUGGUAUUCACCCUGCUCCGGCUCCUGGUGAUCACUGUGCAGGGCCUAAUCCAUCUACUUGUGGACCUCAUCAACUCCCUGCCUCUAUACUCCCUUGGUCUUCGACUCUGCCGACCCUACAGGCUGGCUGCUGGUGUGAAAUUCAGAGUUCUGGAACAGGAGGCAGGCAGGCCCCUGCGCCUCCUGAUGCAGAUAAACCCCUUGCCCUAUAGCCAUGUGGUGCACACCUACCGCCUGCCUAGCUCUGGCUGCCAUCCCAAGCACUCCUGGGGUUCCCUGUGCCGAAAGCUGUUCUUCGGAGAGCUUAUCUACCCCUGGAGGCAGAGAGAGGACAAACAAGACUGAGGAUCUGGACACAGUCUACCCAUAGCGACUGCACAACCAUCGUGCUUCCUCUCUGCCAGGAUAGCACUGACCAUGGGUGGUUUAUCUCAGGUCCUACAUUGUCCAAUUAGACACUGUGUACUGAAUGUAGGCAGGCCUCGUCUUUGAGUUACUACUCUAGCUCUCAGGCCCUGUCAGUUCCAUUCCUGCACGCCAUCUCUCUAGCACAGUGGUUCUCAACCUUCCUAAUGCUGCGACCCUUUCGUGUUAUGAUGACACCCAGACUUACAUUUUCAUUCCUACUUCAUAAUUGUAAUCUUGCUACUGUUAUGAAUCAUAAUGUAAAUAUCUGUGUCUUCCUAUGGUCUUAGGAAACCCCUAUGAAAGCGUCGUUCAACCCCCAAAGGAGUUGCAACCCACACGUUGAGAAUCACUGCACUAGCAUCACCUAUGUGAGGAUUCCCUGGUUUGCUAUAGUCAUUGCACUGAGCCUGCUUCCCAGAAGGGCUCAGACUCUGGAUAUGCUAGCAGGCUUCCUUGACUGCUUUAGUGGGUGGGAGCACUCCUGGGGUACCUGGUACACUCCAGAAGCCUCAGCAGAAUAUUCCCAUCUGGGGAACUGAGGCAGCUCCUGACCCCCUGCCCCAGCAAACUAAUCCCUCACUCUGUGCUUCACUGGGUUUGCUUGUUGCUGCUCCCUGGAGAUUGCUUUGUGAAGGUGCUGCUAAUUGGCCGCUGGGUGCCCUUUGCUUGAAGUCAGACCAUGUGGAGUAAUUGGGUACCUGCCCACCUGGCUGCCCUUCUCUUGCUGAGUGCCCCAUGUGGGAAUAGACCUUUUGGCAAAAUAUUUUCUUCUCUCAUUGACUCCUUACAGGACCAGACAGCUCCCAUCUGGACAGGCACUUUUGUGGCUCAGUGUGUGAAUGACCUUGGGGAGGUGGAAUGGCCAAGGUUUCCUGCCACUUAGUAGGAUCCCAUGUGAACUAGUCCCUAGGGGGCAGGAAGCCUCACUGUCUGAUGGUCUCGAAGUGUCCACUGCGGACAGGAAAGGUGCAGCCAGCCCUGCCUGUCUCUCAGGGGCAUUUAGGACUAUCUACAUUGGUUCGUCUGUGCCUGCUUCCCUUUGCUCUAGGCCACAGCAACCCUUAAGCACCCAAUGGAGGGUGUUGGUGAAGAUGGAUCCUGACCCUGUGGUGACAAUAAAAACCUCUCAUGAAUUUGGA